AGAGCUGCAGUUUAACAGAAGAGGGCUGUGCUGCUCUGACCUCAGCUCUGACAUCAAACCCCUCACGUCUGGUACAGAUGGAUCUGGAUAAUAAUAAACUAGGAGACUCUGGUGUGAAGCAGAUCUCUAAUCUCCUCAAGAAUCCAGACUGUAAACUACAGACACUAGGCUUGUCAGGCUGUGGUGUAACAGAAGACGGAUAUGCUGCUCUGGCCUCAGCUCUCAAAUCAAACCCUUCACACCUGGAGGAGCUGGACCUGAGAGGAAACGACCCUGGAGACUCUGGAGUGGAGCUUCUUACGUCAGCAGUGACCAAUCAGAAGUGCAAACUCAGGUUGUUGUCUGAUGAAGCAGAGAGAGCCUGUGAGUACCUGACUUCAGUUCUGGGUGGAAACCCCUUACUCCUGACAGAACUGGACCUGAGUUGGAAGACACUAGGAGACUCAGGAGUGAAACAGCUCUGUCCUCUACUGAAGGAUUCACACUGCAGAAUCAAGACACUUGGUCAGAUGAGGUUGGUUUGCUACCGCAUCGUGUUAGAGUUGGGCCUGCAGGGCGAAACCUUGGGCAGAGAACAGCGGAGACCAUUACCAUCAUGUGUGGUCAGGUCUAUCAGAGGGCUGUAUCCGUCUGAGUCUGAUGAUUAUGUGGGCUUCCAAGAAGUACAAGAGGCUAUGAAGGACAUGUAG